AUGAAACAGGAGCAUCCAGCUUCUGGAUCCACUAGCAGUAGUAGCAGUGAAAAUGAAAAGAAGAAAUCACGUAUACAAUGGCUUCCUUUUUUGGAUGAGCGUCGCCAUGCCAUGGAUCAACAUCAGCAACACCUUGGAUACUAUGGCGUUUCUCAUGGAUAUAUGGAUCGAUACACAGCCUGUGAUGCAUGGCUUGAGCAACAGAUACACAGCCCUUCUUCUUCUUGCUCUUCCAGCAAUAGUUCCUCCCCCUCUUUAUCACUCGUCAACCCCCGUUGGGGAGCAGAAACGAGGCACACUUACCAACAACAGCAUCAUCACUACCACCACCAACAGCAUGUGCUAUCCUUGUUUGAAACACCAGUAGCGCCUCCCUUGACCCCUCCACAACAACACCACCACCGUGUGAUGAUUGAUUCAUCAUCAUCAACAUGCAGCACAAGCAACACUCCUCCUUCAUAUUUUUACCACCACCAGCAUGCCAACGCAAUGGUGAUCCCAUCCCGGCACCCUGUUAAACAGCAGCAACAUCAUCACAAUGCACCAGUGCAAUCAUCUUGUAUAAGUUUACCAAGCAUUGUGGAUCCGACAACAACUCCAAAUUGCAAUCGACGUCCUUUUGCCUUUUUCUGA